AUGGUAGCCAUUGAGGUUCUUCACGCAAUGAAGCUUAGAACUCGCGGAAAUGAUGGUAGUGUCGCCUUGAAGCUUGAUAUUAGUAAGGUGUAUGAUCAAAUGGACUGGGGAUAUUUGCGAGAGGUAAUGAUCAAAAUGGGAUUCAACAACCAGUGGAUUCAAUGGAUUUGUAUAUGUGUAGAAUCGGUGGAUUACUCGAUUCUAGUAAAUGGUGAGACUGUUGGCCCAAUCAUUCAAGGGAGAGGUUUGCGACAGGGCGACCCUCUUUCUCCCUACCUAUUUAUUAUUUGUGCAGAAGGGCUUUCAUCUCUUUUAUUCGCAGAUAACUGCUUCCUCCUCUUUAAGGCUGAAGUGAGUCAGGCUCAGGUGAUGAAAUCCAUUCUUACUGUAUAUGAAGAAGUGUCUGGUCAAGCUAUCAGCUUGCCAAAAUCUGAAAUCUAUUUCAGCCGUAGAACCCUCGACCCUUUGAAACAAAGCAUCACAGAUAUUAUGGGGGUCCGGGCUGUUCUAGGAACCGGAAAAUAUCUUGGUAUGCCGUCAAUGAUUGGUAGAGAUCGCAAUUCUACCCUUGCGUAUAUCAAGGAUAGAUUGCCAGCAACUCUUAUUAAUACCAUCGAGAAAAUGAUGAAUUCGUUUUGGUGGUGUCAUGGAAGAACUCAUCAACGCAGUAUCAACUGGCUAAGUUGGGAGAAGCUCUCUAUGCAUAAAAAUCAUGGAGGUAUGGGCUUCAAAGACCUCACUGCUUUCAACUUAGCAAUGCUCGGUAAGCAAGGGUGGAAGCUGCACAUAGCACCGGAUUCUCUUGUAUCCCGUAUUUUCAAAGCACGAUAUUUCCCCUCUGCAUCUUAUCUCACAGCCAAUCUCGGUCACAAUCCUAGUUAUGUUUGGAGGAGUAUCCUUCGUGCUAGAUUCCUUGUUCGUGGGGGAGCUCGCUGGAGUAUUGGGACAGGUGGUGACAUCCCUAUUCUUGAUGAACCGUGGUUAUUGAACGGGGGUCGCAUUGAUGGUUCUAUUGAAGGUGCUCACUUCGUUCAUGACUUUACUGUUAAGAGUUUUCUAGAGGAAAAUUUAAAAAGAUGGAAUGAACCGCUGAUCCGGCAAGUUUUCAGUCAUGACAUUGCUUCUGUCAUCAUAAACACGCCUCUCUUCUCUCAAGUUUAG